AUUCACCAUAACUCUAAAGUAACGCCACCAUUUAUGUUUCAUCAAUAACUUCUUAAUCCGAAGUCCCGAAACCGAACUCAUCGCAAUGGGGAACCACACGUCUCGUGGCUCGAGAAGGCUCAUACUGCCUGACGGAACGGUUCGUGAAUACCACGAACCGGUCACGGUAGCCGAGCUCAUGUUAGACCACCCGCAACAAGUGGUGGUCGAGUUUGAUCACCCGGUUGGGAAAAAGCCAAAGCCGUUAGCGGCCGACGUUACGCUCGAGAACAACAAGGUUUACAUGAUGGUGCCGGUGAGGAGGGGGAAGUCGGUCGCGAUAUCUUCGGAAGACGCGCGUCGGGUUCUUUUGAGGGCUAAUGCGGUUUUGAAAACCGGGUCGUUUGUGACGGCUUACACCGGGUUUAUUCCGGUGUUUGCUAGGAUGUGCCCCGCGGCGGUGGUUAAGAGUACGAAGAAGGAGAAAGUGGUGGAGAAGUCGCCGAAGGUGGUCGCGAAACCGGAGUUUUUUGUCGAAGGGGAGGAUGGUUAUUUUUUGACCCGACAAUUAUCGGUGAAAAGUUCUUGGAAACCUAGUUUGGAUACCAUUAAAGAGAAACGAGUCGAGUCUAAGAUCCGACACUGGUUGGUUUAAUAGUUACAAGAUUUAACGGUUUGGUUACUGUGUCAGUUAGACCAUCUCCAAUGCACCGCGAGUUUGAAACAAUAGUUAUAAUGUUUUUUUCCUUUGUAUUAGUUUUUUAAAAAAAAGUGAAAAAUCAAACCGGAAUUAUGACGUAACAAAUCGGUAAUUUUAUACUUGGUACGAAACUUCAUUACCGGUUAUAUAAAAAAAUGGUUUUCUGUAA